CAUGGCAAGGGCUCAUUUACAAUCUGGACUGACCUGUUAUUCAGUUGACAGAUCACCGGCUGACAUAAGCACAAACAGGUAUAUGCGCGUGAAGUCUCGACAUGAUUUAACUGCUUGAACCAAAUGAAAACCUCAGUGUAAAGAAUUUUAUAGCUAAAAAAAAACAUGGAUACCAAAAAAUCCAGGGUGUGGUCUACAGAAGCAGAGGCUGGUGCAAGGAAAGAUGGGAGAAGGAAGAGGGAAAAUGGGUUGGAUAGGCAGAAGGGAUGUAGUAAUGUUGAUGAGGUAGAACUGAAAAUAAGGAUGGAAGUCGGCUUGACUGGAAAUACAGGUGGAAAGAAUGAAAGACGAACACAAAACCAGGUUUUAGGACAUGCUACAAAGGGACAAAGUCAAAUAAAGCAUUUGAGAGUGGGGGUAUCUGGGAGUGGAAAGACAACUUCCAAAGAACAGAUGAACAAUGAAGCAAAGGGGCAAUCGAGGAAUGAAGACUUACUAAAAAAACAUGUGAGUGUAAAAAGGCCCACUAAAGGACCACAACUGGAUGUCAGGGCUGAUGCCAGAGUUGGGAGCAGUUUGAAACCAGGGUCUGGGCACCAGUCAAGGGUUUUUUUGCAAGAAAAAGCGCAGCCUGGUUCCAGAUUGGCGACCAGCUCUGGCACCAGCCCCAGUGGAAUAUCAGUAAGUGACUACCAAGUACUUCUAAAGUCACUCCGCAUUAACCUGCCCAAAGGUGUUUUGAAUCCUAAAGUCAUCAGACUAUCACAGAAUGAAGGCAUCAUUCAGAAGGCCCAGGAUAUUGUAAAAGAGCUGGAAAACUUCAAGCUUGAGUUUAACAGCAUUCCACGCCUCGGCUGCCGGGAGCUUAAAAACUCACUGUCACUGAAAGACAAUGGAAAAGUUCUUGAAAUCACACUGAUGAUUUUCUUUGAAAAAAGAGAACAGUCCGAGGCAAAUCUAAGAGCACAGUGGAAAAAGAAUGUAUCAAACACAAGCUGUGGAUUCAGGUUCAGAGACAAAUACAAGACAAAUCCCAUCUCCACACCCACUAUGUAUGCUACAACACAGACAAGGAGCUGGAGACAUUUAGAAGUUGGAGACAAUCUUGCAAACAUUUCUGAGGGAGUGACAGUGAAUGUUCGUGACAUUGAGAGCAAAGACUAUAGUGACGAGUCAGCUCUCUGGACGACCUCCUCUCCACAAAGGUUCGGCAAAUAUUUCCAGAACCCAGGAGAUGAACGUGAAUGCCUCAAGUUCUACCAUGAGCUGCAUGAAAUUGGUACAAACAAGAAAGUGAGGUACACCAAAGGUAACAAAGUAGAGUUUGGAUUCCUCUCUGGAAGAAUAGACUUCUUAGCAGAAAUAAAAGGGGAAAAACGUGAAAAAAUGGUGAUUGAGUGUAAAGGAACCACUGGAGAUAUGAUCAGCAAAGUCUUCACUAAACCAAAAAAUGGUGGUCGUUGUGCACAUCUGAUUGAAACACAUGACUACUGCUAUCAAGUUCAGGCCUACAUGUACAUUUUAAACAGGGUAGCAAAACAAACAAAAGGCUUCACCUCUGACAGAGCCGUCAUGGUGAUCAGACACUACCACAAGAAUGGGCAAGAACCCAGAGAUUUCUACUGGAAUUACCUGAGAAAGAAUGAAGCAAUACAGCAGAAAAUUGAUGAACUGUGUGUUUUCUGUGAAGAAGAGGUUCUGGCCUGUUUCCUGGCUGUUCUAAAUCUGGUAUUCCAGAAAGACACAUAACACUUCAGAAGAACUUCUAGAAGCUAUGUUAUGUCUCAGGGCUGCAGCAAUGCAUGAAAGCAUUCAUGAGAACUUACAAAAAAUAAAUGUGCUUGUAAGGUUAGAAACAAAACAUGUUACAAAAUAUGAUGUUGCUAAUAGAUUUUAUAAGAAUAAGGAACUAUAUAAUGCAUAGUUAUGGUUUUAUUUCUCCAUAGGCCAGUAAUUCACACACCAGCCAGGAUUAAUAUUUUGAAUAUAAAGAAAUAGACAAUACCAUUCUAAAGUAAGAUUUUUGCUAAUUAUUGAUUAUUGCUAUUGCUGAUGUUUAGGGGCAGAGUUUCAAUAUUUCAAACUAUUAUGUUUCUAAGCAAACUGAGUUAUGAUUUUCCAAUACAAGUGGGCAAAAACUCUUUCAAGUGGAGUAUGUUAUGCACUCUUUCAAGAGGACUAGUAAACACAUGUUCUGAUGUCAGUUAAAAAUCAGGUAAAAAAAUAUAUGCAGGUAAAAAUGAAUUAAAUGUAAUAUUUUAGUAAGUGUUUUUAUUUUUAUGAUUUGUCAUAUGCCCCUGAACCCGCCUGCAGUUCUAAAAUAAAAUGCAUAUAAAAUGCAUUGUAAACAUUUUGUAUGAAAUUUUCACUGUACAUUUUAUAUUUAUAAUAUGUAAAUAAAUUGUUAAAUUGUUCAAGA